CAUUUGGCUGGCUGUAUCGAUAGAAAAUUCAAUAUUUUUAAGAAGUACUUUUCUAUAAAGACUGUCGAAGGACACUUAAAAUCUGAGAGACUGUGAUUGCUGUCCAAGCCAUGCUUUGUGAAGGCAGAUUGUUUAGCAUGAUCUAUGGUGAACUGGGGAAGCUGGAUCCCCUCCCUUCUCAAAAGGGUCUCCAGAGUUCUCAUGGGCUGCCGAGAGCAGCUGCUACCCUCAUGCCAUGCUCCACCAGACACGCUCCACUCGUUCAUCACAGUUCCCCCGAGCAGACAGGUUGUGCGGACAACAGGAGUGCUUCAGUGGAGCUGUACAAUUCUCCGCUGCUCUCCUUGGAUCUCCACAGUGCCCAGCCAGGCAGACAGAUCUCUCCGGAGAUAGAGAUCCCAGCUCAGGCUUACUCAGGUGGUGACUCCCCUUUCUUGGUUCCCUCCUUCUGUCAGAGCAUCUGCCAAAACUACAGUGACCUCCAUAUUGGAGGCGACCAGGUGCUGCCUCUCUCAGCCAACGACGGCGAGCUCCGGCUCUGUCCUGAGGCCCAGGCUGUCGGCCCCUUCCUCCAAUCCUGCGAUGUCCUCCCAGCUGUGGAGGAUUCCCCCCCAGAACAAACAUCUCAGGGGGGACUUCUGCAUCCACUAAGGGGAGGUUCAAAUCGCUGGAGGCUGGGCAGUACCCGUGAUAGGAGCUUUUUGUUUCAGGGGCGUGAAGGUCCAUUCUCCAACUCUCUUCUAAAUCAGUAUCUGGAGCAGAAACUCAUGGAUUUGUACCAGCAAUACAUGAUGGAGAACAUGGCCAGGGAGGGGGCUUCAGGUUCGGAUUCUGACACAGGCCCCAUUUGCCCUCUGCUGGGCUCAGAGCUGGUCCUGACCAGCCUAGACCAGAUCACUUUGCAGCUGAGUCGGGAAGGGAACCUGGAGGCCGGCCUGGCCAAGGACAUGGUUCUCAGCUGCCUGUUACGGGUGGCUGGUGACAAGCAGUCAAGUGAAAUCAGUACUCCCUUUCUGCAGAUUUCAAAUGAAGCAUCCAGGGAGCAGCUCACAGAGAAUAAAGAGGAGUAACCCCAGUGUCAAGGAACUCAUUCAUCCAAUUCUCCCUUUCUUUUAGUUUUUAUUACCAAUAAAUAAGAUGAAACUGACAACCUCAUUUCAUUAAUUUUUACAAGCUGUUGAGUAGAUGAUGCUGAAAGCAAAUUCUGUAGUAAUUACCAGGAAAGUGUUCUGUAUUUAUGUAUCAUCAUUUUGACAGGCACUUAUACAACUGGUGUAUGUGCAUGUGGUGUGCUGUUUUAGUGUGGUGUGCGCAGGACAAUAAAAACAGGAACUGAAAAUUGAAACUGAUCUUUCCUUUUUUUCCAUUCAU